AUGACCGAAGUACUCAAAUCCCACCCGGCGCUCCUUAUCAUUGACAUGCAAAACGGGUUCUGUCACCAAGAGGGUUGCUUCGGCAAGCUCGGGAUGCCCGUCUCCAACCACCUCGCCAUCGUCGCAACCAUCAACAAGCUCCGCGCGGCAAGCCACGCCGCCAAGAUCCCCAUCAUCUUCACCCGCCUUUGCUACAAUGAAGACUACUCAGACGCCGGCGUGCAGAUGGAAGAACUGCCUCAGAUCAAGGAACUGCGGGGUUUCAUCCGGGGUACCUGGGAUGCGGACGUUCUUAACGAGCUCGCCCCGGAUACGACUCGAGGCGAAAUCGUAAUCAACAAGACGCGCAAUUCUGCCUUUUUCAACACGGAUCUCGAAGAUCUGUUACGUAGUCGCGGUGUCAACCAGCUCUUGUGCACGGGUGUCGGCAGUAACGUCUGCGUCGAAUCGACAGUGCGGGACGGCGUGGCGCGGGACUAUUACUGCAAGACACUCAGCGAUGCUACGGCCACUCUGACAAUGGAGGACCAUAAUGCUUGUAUGAAGACUCUGGUAUGGUUUGGGGGGGUUGCCUCGGCAGAUGACGUUCUUUGGGCUCUGAACCAGAGGCAAGAGAACGCGUGA